AUGACAGAAAUAACGAAGAAUGAAAUCCUGAAGUUUUUAAGUUCAGAGUAGAUGCUAGAAUAAGGAAUAUUAAGGAUGAAAUAAUUAAUAGAAUUAAAAAAUGAAUUAGCUUGUAAAACCAUAUGUUUAGUAUUAUAUGAAAUAUUGAAAGAUUAGAAUUUUGAACCUACAACUAAAUUGUUAGCAAUAAAGGUAUGCAUUAUAAGAAUAAUAUAAAGUUAAGCUAAGAACUAAUGAAUCUUAAAGAUGAAUAAUUUGUAUUUCUUUAUGGAGAAUUUGUUUUAAAUGCCCUUAAACAAUAUGUUGAAUUCAGACCUUAAGAUAGCAAUCCUUUGAAAGGUUAAACUUAUUUUGGUGAAAAUGGCAGUAAUAUUUAAAAUCUAAUAUAGAUUAGGAACUUAAGCAAGUUGGAAUAUAACUUGUGAGUAUGAGUCUAUAGUGCAUUUAGGUUUGGGCUCAAGUCUUUGCUGUAAAUCGAAAAGGACGCCCUUCUGAAUAUUUAGUACUUUAUGGUGAACUUAAAGAGAAAGGUGUUUAAUUACACACAAAAUUUUAAUUUUAAGGUAUGUAAAAUGUAGAUAUUUAUCCCUUGUUUAACGUUUGUUUUCAACCUCUAAAUUAAUAGACUUUUAAGUAAAUUAAAUUUAAAAAUUUAACACCAGAUGAUGCAAUAAGAUUAGCUCAUAAUUAUUUAUAAAAAAAGGAAGAAAUCCAAAUUUACUUAUCUCAAUAUUGUUAAUAUUAGAGAGUCUAUGAAAAUUUUGAUUUAUCAUUAAUAUUAUUCAUAAUUGAAAAGAUUAAUUUUGAUAUUGAAUCAUUAGUUGAUUAAUUGGGAGAUUUCGGCAAAGAAGAUAUAGCAUCAAAAGUGUCAAUGGAAUUAGACAACCUUAAUAUAAUUAAGAAAUUAAUAAUUGCUAUUAUUUCUGAACCAAAUUAUUCUUAAUUUGAUAUAUGGAUUAAAUUAAGAUAGUAGUGUAAAUAACAUUAAGAUACUUCGACUUAGAUUAAUGAAAUAAAGGCUCUAUUAUAAUAGAAAUUUGAUGAAACUCACUAAAAGAAUACAAAUAACAGCCUUAAUAAUGAACUACUUAAAAAAAAAUAACUAUUAGAAUAGAUUGAAAAAUAGAUUGAAUAAAAACAAUAACAAUUAGUCUAACUUAUUGAUUAAUUAUCGUAAUAACAAUAAGCUCAAUUAUCAUCUAAUUCUUCGGAUUCCAAUGUUCUUUCGACAAUAUAAAGAUAGAGUUAAUCUCUUGAAAAUUAAAUAUAAGAACAAAACAACAAAAUUUAAGAAUUUAUCAAUAUGUUGUAAAAUAAAAACCAUGAAUAAAAUAUUUAAAUACAAACUCUGUAGUCUUAAAUCAAUCGAUAAAAAAACGAUUCAUCAAAAAAUCAUAUAAAUUAAGCUUAAACCUAAUAAUUAUAAUUAAAAAUAGAUGAACUAAUAAAUGACUUAGAAAUAAUCACUUUGAAAUAUAAAUUUUAAUGUUAGAUAGAAGAAAUUAAAAUCAAAUAAGAAUUAAUUGUUAAAGAAAAUUAUAACUUAUAAAUUUAAAUUAAUGAAUAAGAUUUAUUAAUAAUUAAGAAUGAUCACAAAAAAGAAUAAAAGGAAAAUGGUGAGUUAAAAUCACAGAUCUAAUAGUUAUAAGAACAGAAUGAAUAAUUGCAAAUUCAAAUCUAAUAGUUAUAAAAACAGAAUGAAUAAUUGCAAAUUCAAAUCUAAUAGUUAUCAAAACAGAAUGAAUAGUUUUUAUUAGAUAAAGAAUAAAUUCAAAAAGAGUAAAAUAAUCAAAAAUUAAAAACUAAUAACAGUAAAGAAAUUAAAAUUAAAAUUUAAGAGGUUUUAGAAGGAAGUCCCAAAUCUCCUAAAAUACCUUCACCCUUAAGCAAUUAAUUUCCAAAUGAAUUAAAAAAAUUUUAACAUUUUCCACAAAAACUAGAUUUAUCAAACUUUUAAGUUUAAUUUAAACCUAAAAUUCCUUUGACUGAGGAUAAAAUAUUAAUGAUUUUUCCUCACUAGAAUCCUCAAGAGUAUUAUGAGCAUAAGAAAAAAACUUAAAAAUUUGGUUAAAUGAUUUAACCUUUUUAAAUAAAGUAAUUAGAUAGGAUAAAUCCUGAGGCUUAAAAAUUUUUUAAAUUAAGUUGUUUGGGAUAGUAAAAUAUUUUAUUUGAAAAUGAUUAACUCAAAAUUUGUUUGGAUCAUAGAACAUAAAUUCUUGAGGAAAAGUUUUAUUAUACUUUUGGUUUAUAUAUAAAUAAUAAAAAAUAACAAACAGAGAAUUUUAAAAUUGAAUUUGAGAAUACUGAAAGUAAAUAAUUUAUUAAAUUUAAGGAUUCAAGUAUUUUUGGUCUUCAUUACAAAGAAAUGAAAAUUCUAUUGGAUCUAAAUCAACAAAAUAAAUUGAAAUUGCAGUUAGAUCAAAUGAUGAUUUACAAACAGACUUUGUUAAAUUAACAAUUUCUAACCUAAAUUAAAAUUUGAAAAUAUAAAUCCCAAUUCAUAUAUGCUAACAAAUUCAAUAUGAAAAUACAAGUUUAAGUAAAUUCGAAACAAAAUGGAAUGAAAUAGUUGAGGAGAAGGCAUUUAUAACUCCUAUAUUUUCAAUAAAUAUGGAAACAUUUAUAAAUAUAGACCAUUUUAUGAAGAAAAUUCCAAAUUUAAUUUUAGAUAACAAUAAAGUGUAGGAUUAUGAUUAAGGAUUUGAUGAUUUAGAAAUUAAAGGCGUAGGUUAAUAUCAACGAUUCUAAUUUUUUAUUAUAGUAAUAAUUGUAAAAUUAUUUUCAGUUUGAAUUAAUCCCCUAGAAUAAAAUGUAAAUUUAGAUCCGUUAUAAUAAGACAUAAAGUGAAGAUUAUUAAUUAAUAUUAAAAAAAAUUGCAAAAGAGUACGCAUUUAUAUUUGGUUAAUUUCAACCAACAACAAAUUGA